CUCGGUUUCUGGGGGCAGUAUUUACGAACGGACCGCCCGAAUCAUUCUUCUUCGUCUUAACGUCAAAUUUACUUCAAUAUGUAUUAUUUUUGAAUGUAGGACAUUAAACAACACUAACUUGCGGAACAGUGUCGUAUUGAAAUACUUUAUAUUUUUGUGUUUGUGUUUUGUGUAUGUCGCUGUUUUCUGAUCUAACCUGACAUUUAUUUUGGAAAACAGACGGAACAGAGUGUCUGUUGUUUUUCUCUGUAGAUAAUGUUACUGACAGCUGCUCGUCUGUCGAAAGUGCUGCAGCUCACCCUGGCGGCCAUUAAACCAGACGCUGUAGCUCAUCCUCUGAUGUUAGAGGCUCUUCAUCAAAGAAUCCUGGAGAACAACUUUGUCAUUGUGAGAUGCAAAGAUCUCGUAUGGAGUAGAAAGGACUCGGAGAGGUUUUACUCUGAACAUUCAGGGCGAUUCUUCUAUCAAAGACUUGUUGAGUUCAUGUCAAGUGGUCCGAUGCGUGCGUACAUUUUAGCCAGAGAGGACGGAAUACGUCACUGGAGAGAACUGAUGGGACCCACUAAAGUGUUCAGAGCCAGAUUCACGUCUCCCGCCUCCAUCAGGGCCCAGUAUGGACUCACAGACACACGGAACACGACUCACGGUUCAGAUUCUGUUGAGUCGGCACAAAGAGAAAUCAGUUUCUUUUUCCCAGACUUCUCUGUGGAAGAGUGGAUGAAGAAAGAGGAGCCAUUGUUCAGAUCUGGACAGUUACAGUUUGACCAACAAAAACAAAUCCACACGCUUUUAGCACAAAGCUGAUCCCAGAGCUGCUGCUGCUGCUGCUGCUGCGACAGCCACUCAUCAACACAGCAC